AUGGACACAAUUGUUCUACAAGAAACAAUUUGGGGAGUAUUAUUUUUCUUCCAGUUCAUUAUUGGUUUUAUUGGCAAUUUAUUGUUGCUCAUGCUAUAUGUCAAGAGCUUUCUGCAAAGAAAGAAGCCAAUAGAUUGGAUAUUUACCCACUUAACUUUAGCCAACAUGAUGACAGUUUUAUUCGCCGGGUUUCCAGAAUUAAUAUUUUUCUUUGGAAUAAGAAACUUUCCGGAUGACACUGGUUGUCAGGCAGUUUUGUUCUUGCACAGAGUAGGUCGGGGUCUUUCCCUCUGUACCACAAGUUUCCUCGGUGUGUUCCAAGCCACUGUGAUCACCAACAACCAUGCUCAGUGGGCGUGGCUCAAAUCAAACAUCUACACAUGCAUUUCUUCUGUCUUACUCUUUUUCUGGGUACUCAACAUGCUCAUUUAUAUCCAGGUCAUCUUGUCAGUGAAGGCCCUAUACAACGUUACUGGCAUCAAAAUAUUUUAUAACCAAAAAUACUGUAUGGUACACGACACAGAGAAGAUGAGAGUAUCAGCAUCAGUGGGUGGAAUGGUAAUAAGAGACCUGCUGUGUGUUCUCCUCAUGAUCUGGACCAGCGCGCACAUGGUAAAGUUCCUCUUCAACCAUCGCAAGAAUGUCCAGCACGUCCUUAGACACAGUCUCUGCUCACAGUCCUCUCUUGAGAUCAAGGCCACCCACACCAUUCUGGCCCAAGUCAGCUGUUUUGUUUUUUGUUACUUGAUCAACUUCUGCCUUACCAUUUAUGUAACAUACAGUCAUGAGGUACAAGGGUUAGAAAACAUCACUGUUUUUGUUUCUUCCUGGUAUCCAGUGAUCUGUCCUUUCUUGCUGAUAAAAAACAUAAGAGGCUCCUUUCUAAACUGCACCUUUGUAAAGAUGAGGAAAUCUUCUCCACAAACCACUGCCAUCAGAGACUUGAAUAACUCUCACACCAGCUCUGACACAAAGUGCUCAGAAUAG